UUGUUUGGUCUCUUUCCCUUAGAUUGUUGUAUGUCUUUGAAAUUGCAUAAAUUACUUAAUCAUUCGCUUUUUUUUUUAACACAGCAGUUGCUUUUACUUCAGUUGAAGUCCUCCAUCAGGUGUGAAUCAAUAUACGUCACAGCUUGCUGGCUGUCCUCCUUUUCUUUCAGGUCUACAAUUAAUAAUUUAUCUGGUCAUAUCGAUGCCACCUACUCCCUUUUCUCCUUUCUGCACAUGCUUGCUCGCUCUUUCCACAAAAACAGGUGAUGACUAGGUGGUAAAGGAUCUCAUUAAUGGAUGACUGAAAAGGGGAGCAAGAGCGAGGAAAGCACAGUCAUUCAAUGAAAUAGACAUUAUCCGCUUUGGAUCAACAACAGAACCAGUUGGACUGCAGUGAAAGUGACUUUCUCUGAGUCUAUUGAGAUCAGCCCUGAGAAACUUUUUGAGGAGUUUGAAUGGGAAAUUUCUGUCUCUGACAGUCUUUUUUUCAAGGCCUUUUCUUAUUUUAAACUUGAUUUUUUUCUUUGAAAUUAUUACAUUAUGUCAGGAGUCAGCAGUGACCAGCUGCACAAAUCAACUUUAAGUGUCUACUCGAACCUGAUGGAGCAUUUCAACCCAGGUCUUGAGAAGCUUGUUACACUUGGAACCAGCUACGUUAAAGCUUUCCAAGCAUUAGCUGUUUGCAGUGAGGCCUACUUCAGUGCUGUGGCUAAGAUGGGUGACCAGGCCCUUCACACACUGUCAUCUCGUUCACUUGGGGAUGUCCUGAUCCAGAUAUCUGAAACACAGAGGAGACUCACUGCAGAGAUGGAGGGAGUGUUCCAGUGGUUCCAGAUUGAAGUGUUGCAAGCGAUGGAGAACAAUAUCAAGUUGGAUGAGGAGUACAUUGAUGGGAGUCGCAGAGUGUAUGAGCUGGAGGUGAGGAACCAGGCAGAGGCUUUGGAGAAGCAACUAAGACGUGGAACCUACAGGGACUCUCUGGAGAACAGUGAAUACAUGCUGUACCUGAGGCAGAGCCAGCAGGAGAUCCUAAAGGAGGAGGAGAGGCGAUAUCGCUUCUUGGCAGAGAAGCACUGUGGCCUCACACAGUCGCUCCUGUUUUUAAUAAACAAGACUGGUGCUUCCCUCCAGCAGAAGGCAGACGGAUGGAAGGAGAAGGUGAAUGAGACCAGGGGCUCCAGAUCACGAACUCCCACGCAUUUGGACCAAGAGGCGCAGCUUCGAGGAUCAGUGAGCUCCCUGCUUCAGACAGUUGCCAGAGAUGAGGAUAUGUCUUGGGCUAGGCGUGAGCAGCAAGCACUGGGCCGAGUGCCCUCUAGAGCACCAUCGCCCCUCCCCAGUCGCUCUCGCUCCAGUUCAGUAGGGGAAUCUCUGGGUCUUGGAGCAGGAAGAGCCAUGAGAGCCCUUGUGUCUCACCCGUCUUCAUCCAACCCAAAGCUUCUGCCUUUCAACAGAGGAGAGACUGUCAUCGUACUGGUCCAGGAACCUCGCAACGGCUGGCUAUAUGGACGCACCGACAGCAGCCUGCGUCAAGGCUGGUUUCCGGCUGCCUAUGUGGCUCCUAUUGAAGGUUUCUCCAACACUUUGGCAGCCAGUGGUGGUUCUCUAAGAAGCCACAGUAUGAAUAAUCUGCUGGACACUGACACCUACUCUGAGCAGUCAGAGGGAAAAAGUUAUGGUGACAUCCCACCCCCUGCCACACCCAACCGCAGAGCCUCUGUAGACUUCCGAGCAAUCUCUCCAGCCCCCGAGAAGAAGACAGAACCAGGGACAGAAACAAAGCCUCUGCCUCCUCCCCCACCACCACCUCCUCCACCCAGUCAGAGCCUCAGAAGGGGCUCAGCAGAUUUUCAACCAAUCUCUCCCCUCUCUGACAGAAAGGGUGACUCAGCUUCUGAUGUCCAGGCGUUAUCACCACAUGGGCCACCUGAAAACCCACUAUUUCCAAGAGGCACAAACCCAUUUGCCACUGUAAAGCUUCGACCCACAACGACCAAUGACAGAUCUGCUCCUCGGAUCCACUGAGCUGUUGUCACUCAUCCAGGUGGCGUUUGUGACUCACGCUGCAAGAUGAGGUUGUGGAGGCAGGAGACAUGUUCUUGUUGGCACCUCUGAAAGAUGAUGGUUUUUAGCCUGAUGAACAGGGGAUCAUUUAGGGAGAUUUAGUAUAGUGUUAGAUGAAACAAACUACUUGUUGUACCAAAAUGAAAAGUGACACUGUAUGGAGAACUAAAUGAUUAAAACCUUAAACUAGAAUAGUUAUUUUAAUAACUCUUUGUACAGUAAUUCAUUUGUUAUGUUGUUUGGUGUUUGUCUCCGAUAGUAAAAAUAGAAAAAGGAACAGUU